GCUCACGUCGACGUUCUCUUUCACCAUUGGCCGGGGUGCGCCUUAGUUCCGGUGACGUCAGCUCUAUACAAGUAGGACCUCGUACAGUGCGACGUGUCUCAGAUAGCAGCCGCCGAGCAGAGAGGAGGAAGAGUCAUCAACCGGCACCAUGGACCAGGUUAUGCAAUUUGUUGAGCCCAGCCGCCAGUUUGUGAAAGAUUCAAUCAGACUUGUCAAAAGAUGCACUAAGCCAGACAGAAAAGAAUUUCAGAAGAUUGCAAUGGCCACUGCGAUUGGGUUUGCAAUUAUGGGAUUUAUCGGCUUCUUUGUCAAGCUAAUCCAUAUUCCUAUCAACAAUAUUAUUGUUGGCAGUUAGACUUCCCUGGUUGAAAUGACAGCGGUGUGGAUUUUUAAAUAGCGGCAAAGUGUUAUUGGACAAGUGCUUUUUUUUUUGUUUUUAUGUAAAUUUUUUAUUUGGCCUAGUUUAUGUAAUUAAACACCAUAAAUCUC